GGCCGGGACUGAACGGCGCAUGCUGAUCGAGAGUGAUUUAACGGCGAAACUUUCACGAGUCACACAGUCGGCAGCUGAUCGAGCCGACCCUCAUCGCUUUUCUUCUUCAUCGCAUUCCGAGACGGCUGCGGCGGUCACGUGUUGUAAAAUUCUGCGCAGAUACACGUAAUAGCGCGCAUCGUUAUUAGCUGGUCGUCGUGAGCAAGCGAAGUAGAGUUAACAGCGACAUUUCCCUUCCAGAUCUCUCGGCAAAUCCGGAGACCGAGCUGCUGUUGUCCAAUCGUAUACACGGCGAUGCGCCGACGAGCACGUGUGUGAGAGCUCAACCUGGCGAACGAAGGGCCAUGGACGACGAGCCGUGCCACCGAGAUGGCGCCUCGUCGUUGUCGUCGUCGUCGUCGUCGUCGUCGUCGUCGUCAUCAAGGCCGACGUCGCAGGACAAAUCCACGGGAUCAAGUCGUAACGCGCAGCAGGUCGAGGAACCCUCGAGCAAUCCGGUAACGCCGCUGUCGAUUACCGUAAACGACGCCGUGGAAAAUGACGAUCCGCCGCCCUACGCCUCGAUCCUGCCGCCUUACAGCGCGAUCGCGCUAUCGAAUCACGUCGGCUGGCCGUAUGGCCCUUUUUCAUUCGGCGACUCGUAUUCCACGAACCCGCCGCCCUACAGAGUGGAAAUACCGUUGGCGCCUUUCCAAACCUCUCGGCCGUCCGCGACCGCGGCUUUCCAUCCCGAGGAGACUAACUGCCAACACUCGUCGCUCCCGAUGCCCUUAAUGCCUUACCGGUUCUUCAAGUUCGGUUACCGCGGCGACUGGAGGGAAACGUGGCUCGCAGACGGCGGGGUCGUCGAGAAAAUCGAAGACGGGAGAUCACGAAAAUACGGAGCUAUUUUUGUGGCAGCGGCGGUCAUUAUCUCUCUCAUGGCCUUGUCCUUGAUGGUACGCUUCAUCGUGGAAAAAAGUUGGUGGAAAGGAUCAUAGGGCGUCGCUGGGAUCGGCGCUUAUUCGGUAUCGAUCAAGAUUUACGAGGGACUAUUGUCAAUGCAAAUUUAUUU